AUGGUGGGCAGACCGACACAGGCCGGGGGUAUCGUCCUGUCUAUCCUCCUCAUCCUCAGCACGGACAGCUGUAAGGCGCAGAAAGGUGAUGGCUGUGGGCGGAGUUUGCUCGGCCCGACCAGUGGGACACUGUCCUCUCUGGGUUACCCCAGGACAUACCCCAACAACAGUGUGUGUGAGUGGGAGAUCACAGUCCCUCGUGGGAACAGGAUCCACUUUCGAUUUGCUGAUCUGGACAUAGAAGACGGUGAUUGUCAGGUCAACUACCUCCGCCUUUACAAUGGGAUUGGUCCUGACAGAAGUGAGAUGGUGAAGUUGUGUGGUAUGGGGCUGACGCUGCAGGAGCUCAUAGAGUCCAGCGAUCACCAGGUCACAGUCCAGUUCAUGAGUGGGAUGCACCACAGAGGACGAGGCUUCUACCUGUCUUUCUCCCUAACCGACCACACUGAUUUAAUCACCUGUUUGGAAAAGGGGGCUGACUUCCCGGAGGCUGAGUUCAGUAAAUACUGUCCGGCAGGCUGCCUAACGUCUAAAGAGGAGAUUUCUGGAACCAUGCCAACUGGAUAUAGAGAAUCCUCCCCCCUGUGCGUAGCAGCCAUUCAUGCUGGCGUCGUGUCCAACGCUUUGGGAGGAAAGAUCAAUGUUGUCAGCAGCAAGGGCAUCCCUCACUAUGAGGGCACACUGGCCAACAAUGUCACUUCCACUGGAGGAACGUUAUCAAACAGCCUUUUCACCUUCAGGACAAGUGGCUGCAUAGGAACUUUAGGUUUGGAGUCCGGGGGAGUAGCAGACAGCCAACUCACGGCCUCUUCCGUUUGGGAGUGGCACGGCCUGUGGGCACCUUCCGGUGGACGACUGAAAAAGAAAGGACUGCCCUGGGCCCCUUCACAUAGUGACCUGCAGCAGUAUCUACAGAUCGACCUCAAAAGGAAGAAGAUCAUUACAGGCAUAAUCACCACAGGUUCCACCAUGAGGGAGUACCAAUACUACGUAUCAGCAUACCGCAUUCUGUAUAAUUAUAAUGGCCACUGGCAGAGCUACAAAGAAACCAACGCUACAAAGGACAAGGUUUUUCAAGGUAAUAUCAAUUAUCUGCAUGAGGUGAGGAACAACUUUGUUCCUCCAAUUGAGGCCAGAUUUCUGAGGAUAAAUCCCUUAUUGUGGCACCAAAGAAUUGCGCUUAGGUUGGAGUUGUUUGGCUGCCAAAUUCAAACAGUGACUGCAGGACCAAGAAUGAUGUCUCCUUUUAAUCCAACCCCACGUUCAAAAGUUCCCCCACGACUCGGGCCGACUACAGCCACGCCAGACAUACGGAACACCACCGUGCCUCCUCACUCAGAAAAUGGUAUGGCUCUGAUUGCAGUUUUAGUUCCAGUUCUGGCCAUGAUCCUCACUGGUCUUAUUUUGACCAUAGUCUGUGCUUGUCACUGCAAAAACAGAAAACAAAACACUGAUGGCACAUAUGAUCUCCCUCACUGGGACCGCACAGAUUGGUGGAAAAGCAUGAAGCAGCUGCUGCCGUCAAAAAUGUUGGACUCUGAUGAGACCGUUCGAUAUAGCAGCAGUGAGGUGGGCCGUCUCACGGGGAGGGGAGCUGUCCCCAUUCUACAUGCAGAACCAGCAGAAUAUGCUCAGCCUCUGGUCAGCGGUGUAACAAUGUUGGGUCCACGCUCCACAUUUAAACCAGACGAAGGGCUUGAACCAGGGUACUCUGAUCCAGACCUGUACGAUGCUCCCAUGUCUCAUCCCUAUGCAGAGCCCCUGCCCGCCUCCGGGGCGGAGUAUGCUACUCCUAUAGUAGUCGAUAUGAGCCAGCCCCCAGCCGUCUGCAGCUUCAUGGGACCCUCCACCAUCCUCACGAAGCCUGAAACGGGCAAGUUGAGGUCGCCAUAUGAUACGCCCAAAAAUGUCACUGGACAGGUCACACCCACAGAGGACCUCACCUACCAGGUACCUCAAAACAGCGCUCAGAAGAGCUGA